AUGGGGCAACCAGUUGCGUCUUAUGAGAAGCUACCUGGAUACUUGUAUACCUUGGAUAAGACAUACCUUGGUUCACAUAUUCGAAUGAAGAAAACACCUGAGAACGAUUUUUUGUAUGUGUUUAUAGCGUUGCAUGCUUUUAUAAAGGGAUUUGAUCAUUGUAGGCCGAUUGUUGUUGUAGACACCAGCCACCUUAAAUCAACAUAUACUGGAGCAUUCGUAUCAGCCAGCACUUUGGAUGAAGCAAGGAAUAUAUUACCUUUGGCAUACGGAGUUAUUGAUUCAGAAAAUGAUGCUUCUUGGGCAUGGUUCUUUGAACAAUUCAAAGAAGCUUAUGCAAAUGAACAAUUAAGUGAAGUAUUCUACACUAUGGCAAAAGCGUAUACUCAAACUGAUUUUGAUAAGCUAAUGAAAAGAGUUGAGCAGUUUGAUGUAAGGGUGAAAAACUACUUGGAGUUGGUUGGAUAUAAGAAGUGGGCAAGGUUGUAUGCACCAGUUCCUCGGGGUUGGGUGAUGACAUCGAAUAUUGCAGAGUGCAUCAAUUCGACAUUGGUAGCAGCAAGAGAAUUACCAAUAUUUGACUUUCUUGAACAAGUGCGCUUGAUGUUUGCUAGAUGGAAUUGCACAAAUCGAAAAAAUGCAUCAUGUACUUUCACACUACUUGGGAAGAAGUUUCAGGAAAUGCUUGUGCUUAAUGAAUCAAAAUAUGGGCGUAUGACGGUUGUCCCGUCAACUGAUUACAUUUAUUCAGUAAGUGAUGAAGGGAAGAGUUAUAUUGUAUGCUUGGAAAAGAAGACUUGUAGUUGCAACAGGUUUCAAGUUGACGGAAUACCGUGCGCACAUGCGUGGAGGGUGUUGAACAAAAAACACAUGCUUCCAGAUGAAUAUUGUUCAGACUUUUACAAGCCAGAAACAAUAUUGAGAACAUAUGAAGUGCAUGUGUAUCCUCUCCCUGACAAAAGUGAAUGGAAUAUACCUGAACACAUUGAUACCGAAGUUGUGUUGCCACCAAAAUACAAGCGACCUCCAGGAAGGCCAAAGAAGCAACGGGAGAAGUCAUUUAGCGAGUUUAGCAAAAGGAAGGUACCAAUUCUUGUAGUACAUGUGGACAGCGUGGUCAUAAUAGGCGUUCAUGUCGAACUGCAACACGGAAUGCAUAGGAACUAA